AUGAGUUCGCUGCACACGCUGAAUCCGCGGGCGGACUUGUUGCGUCGCGAGCAGGCAUUUGAGGCGAGUUUGGUGGCGGCGCGCGGGUUGCAGGAUAUCAUGGCUUCGAACCUGGGGCCUCGAGGUACGCAGAAGAUGUUGGUGGGCGGUGCAGGUCAGAUAAAGAUAACAAAGGACGGGAACGUGUUGUUGAAGGAGAUGCAUAUCCAGCACCCGACGGCGGCGAUAAUUGCGCGUGCGGCAACGGCUCAGGACGUGGUGGUGGGCGACGGUUGCACGUCAGACAUUGUGUUGGUUGGUGAGAUGAUGAAGUUAGCGGACCGUGUACUGAGUGAGGGUGUGCACCCUCGUCGUUUGGCGGAAGGGUUAGACCUGGCACGGGCUGAGGCGCUGCGUUUCCUGUCUGAAUUUAAGCGCACGCGUACGGCGGUUUGGGACGACCGCGAGUUGUUGCUGAGUGUAGCGCGCACGUCGCUGACGACCAAGUUGGAGCCAGAAAUGGCGGAGCGGUUGGCAGAUAUUUUGGUGAGCGCAAUGCUCUGCAUUCUCGGUCCGCAUCCCGAACAAAUGGCGCAAGAGGCACUUGAAGGGCGUAUUCCACUCGACCUGUUCAUGGUAGAGGUGCUACACAUUAAGGGUGGCGUCAAGAACGAAACGAGGUUCGUCAAAGGAAUGGUCAUGGACCAUGGCUGCCGACACCAAGACAUGCCUAGCUCAUUACGUGACUGCUUUGUACUCACAUGCAACGUCUCGCUCGAAUAUGAACGGACUGAAGUUAACUCGGCUUUCUUUUACUCUUCAGCAGAACAGCGUUCGAAACUGGCUGAUGCCGAACGGCGAUACACGGACAACAAAGUGAAGAAAAUUAUCGAGCUGAAACGCGAACUCUGUCACGGUCCCGACGGUGCACCGAAUGGCAAAAGCUUCGUCGUCUUCAACCAAAAGGGGAUUGACCCGCCCGCGUUGGAAAUGCUUGCGCGAGAAGGCAUUAUGGCAUUGCGUCGAGUCAAAAGGCGCAACAUGGAGCGACUUACACUCUGUUGUGGCGGCCAGGCGGUGAAUUCGGUCGAGGGCCUGAGGGCGGAGGAUCUUGGUCAUGCGGACCAGGUUUGGGAGAUCGCGAUGGGAGACGAGAAAUACACCUUCGUCGAAGGAGUAAAAGAUCCGCGGUCCUGCUGCAUCCUUGUGAAGGCGCCGACAGACCACGCUAUUGAACAAAUUAAGGACGCCAUUCGCGACGGAUUGCGCGCACUCAAAAACACUGUCGACGACCUCGCCCUUGUGCCUGGUGCGGGCGCCUUUGAACUUGCUUGCGCCGAACACCUUCACCGUUACGCCGAAGCACACGUGUGCGGCAAACCACAACUCGGCGUAAAACUACUCGCAGAUGCGCUCCUAGCCAUCCCGAAGACACUCGCCAAAAAUGCCGGCUUCGAUCCACAAGAUGUCCUACUGGCCCUUCAACAACAAUACAGACAACUCACUGCAAACCAACCCGAAGGAGCCCCUCUUCCAGAUGUCGGAGUAGACCUCGUCACCGGCGAGCCUUGCGGACCCGCAGCACUCGGCAUCUGGGAUAACGUAGCUGUCAAACGACAAUCCAUCGUACUCACCACCACUAUCACAGCCCAACUCUUACUAGUCGAUGAAGUUAUCAAGGCUGGCAAACAAAUGGGCAACAAACAAUAA